GGAAGUAAGUGACGUUUCCUGCACAGGCUGGAGCCGGAGGAGGAGGAGGAGGAGAAUGGCUGCACAGGGAGUUUCCCUGGCUAUGGCUCUGAAUCCUUUACUUCAUACAUCACCCUUACCUAUCGCUCCCAUGAAUAUGGCGCAGACACCUUCCUCUACAGCUUCCACUGAAGUAGCCAAGUAUGUACAGACGCAGAAUGGAAUCCCCCCUUCCAAUCCUGUCAGCAGUGCUAUGGACCCCUACCAUGCCUGCAGUAUUCUCCAGCAACUUAAAGCAAUGUACGACGAGGGCAAGCUGACGGAUAUCGUGGUGCAAGUGGAUCACGGAAAACAUUUUUCUUGUCACAGAAAUGUUCUUGCAGCAAUCAGUCCUUACUUCAGAUCUAUGUUCACUAGCGGCCUUACAGAGAGCACCCAGAAAGAAGUGCGGUUAGUCGGAAUUGAAGCAGAGUCGAUGCAACUUGUAUUGAACUAUGCAUAUACAUCCAGAGUUCAGCUAACCGAGGCAAACGUCCAAGCAUUAUUCACUGCGGCGAGCAUCUUCCAGAUCCCUUCUCUCCAGGAUCAGUGCGCGCAGUAUAUGAUUAGCCGCUUGGAACCACAAAACUGUAUCGGAGUCUUUAGCUUUGCUGAUCACUACGGCCAUCAGGAACUUAAGGAGAAAGCCCAAGACUACAUCCGCAAAAAGUUUCUGUACGUCACCAAAGAGCAAGAGUUUCUGCACCUGAGGAAAGACCAACUGAUAAGCAUAUUGAACAGCGACGACUUGGAUGUGGAGAAGGAAGAGCACGUUUACGACAGCAUCAUCAGCUGGUAUGAGCACGAGCAGGAGACGAGAGAAAUGCAUCUUCCGGAAAUAUUUGCCAAAUGUAUCCGCAUGCCCCUCAUGGAAGAGACAUUUGUGGAACAGAUCCCUCCCAUAUUUGCACAGGCCAUGCCCAUAAACAGAGUACAGAAGGGAAAGAUUAGUGCCAAUUGCUGUACUCGGAGACUGGGCAUGACCGCUUCUGAAAUGAUCAUCUGCUUCGAGGCCGCAAACAAACACUCAGGAAAAAAGCAAACUGUGCCUUGUCUGGACACACUGACAGGAAAAGUCUAUAAACUAUGCAAACCGCCUGGUGACUUGAGAGAAGUUGGGAUCCUUGUGACGCCAGAUAAUGAACUCUACAUUGCGGGGGGGUAUAGGCCGAGUAACAAUGACGUCUGCAUAGACCACAAGGCAGAAAGUGACUUCUGGUUGUACGACCAUUCAAGCAAUCGAUGGCUGCCUAAGGCCCCCUUGCUCCGAGCGCGAAUAGGCUGCAAACUGGUUCAUUGUUGUGGUAAAUUAUACGCUAUUGGGGGCCGCGUUUAUGAAGGGGAUGGGCGCAAUCCUCUCAAAUCUGUUGAGUGCUACGAUACCAGAGACAACUGUUGGACAGCUGUGAGUUUAAUGCCAGUGGCAAUGGAGUUUCAUAGUGCUGUGGAAUACAAAGACAAAAUCUAUAUUCUACAGGGGGAGGUGUUCCUUUGCUAUGACCCCCCACGAGACUACUGGUGUUACCUAACCCCCAUGACUGCGCCUCGAGUUCAAGGAAUGGCAGCCGUGUACAAAGAUUCCAUCUACUAUGUAGCUGGAAUCCGUGGAAAUCACCGCGUUCUCACCGUGGAGGCCUACGACGUGGAGCAAAACCGGUGGACUCGGAAAAAAGAUCUUCCCUGCGAGCAGUCUUCGAACCCGUACAUCAAGCUGGUGGUUUUUAAAAGUAAACUUCACCUCUUCGUCCGAGCGACCCAGGUCAGCGUGGAAGAAUUCGUGUUCCGGACGAGCAGGAAAAACUCCCUCUACCAAUACGACGAGAUAGCGGACAGUUGGAAAAAAGUGUACGAAACGCCGGAGCGGCUGUGGGAUCUGGGCCGCCAUUUUGAAUGUGCAGUCGCUAAACUCUACCCACAGUGUCUUCAGAAAGUUCUCUGAUCUUCAGCUUGAUGGCCCGGCGCAGCGAAGGGGCCGGACUCUCAGAAACUCCGCAAUUGUCAGUAUUUAAUAUUUAGUUCGACAUGGACAAGUCUUGUACUUGGGACGGGUGCUUAUAAAAAGUUGCAGUAGGAGUUUUGGUGAAGGGGUGCAGCUACGUUAGUUUUCCUUUAUUUUUUUUUUUCACCAUUUAUUUUUGGUGAACUCUACGUUUACAAAGUGCAAUUAUCGGCGUUUUUUCUCAUGGUAUACAUGGAAUCAUAUCAUAUAUAUAUAUAUAUAUAUUCUGCUGCAGUGGUUGCUAACCUAUGACACUUCAGCUGUUGCCAAACUAUAACUCUCGGCAUUGUCUGGCAGUCACUCUGUUGGAAGAUGCUGGGAAUUGUAGUUGAGAGAGAUCUGUGUGUAUGUGUGUGUGUGGUGCAGGUUAGCAGACUCUGUUCUGUUGUAAUGUAGAACCAGUUUUUGGUGCUAGAG